AUGAAGUUCUCCUCCGUUCUUGUCGCCCUCGCGGCCGCCGGUGCCGUCCAGGCCGCCCCAUCCCCGCAACAAGCAGGUCUUCCCACCACGGUUCCCAAGUGGUGUGGUCACAUCGGCCAGGGCUGCAAGCGAACCGUCGAGUCCCACAACGAGUUCAAGCGCUCCGCCAGUGCUCUCGCUGAGGCCAUGGCUUACACCGUGCCCACCUCCGUUUCGAAGUGGUGUGGCCACGUCGGACAGGGCUGCUACAAGGCCAAGCGUGCCGCCGAUGCUGUCGAGGAGGUCAAGCGCACCACCGACAACCUUGCCGUCGCCAUGGCUGACCUUGAGGAUGAUGCUGGUUUCGAAGAGUAA